GCCCAUCAGGGGCUCCCGCAUGCAGACCAUGAGCCAGCAGUCGCAGGCGCAGAUCCUGGAGUCGCACUCGAACCUCUCGCACAUCUUGGAAGAUCGGACACACUGGAGCAUGAGGCUUCUUGCAGAGUACCCAAUCAGCCUCUACGUCCUCGUCUUGGUCCCAGCGCUGGCACAGCUUGCGCCGAUGCUGGUCUUGGCCACAACGACGACGCGGACGGCAACAACCAGCUUUAAUCUGGUCUGCAAUUGGCUCUACACCCUUCUGGCACUGGGUAGCGUUUUUCUUCUGGGGAAGGCACUUCGUUCCGCGGACUUUCACCUGGCCACCAGCAGGCUCCACCUGUUUGUUGCAGACUUCAAGCUGCGCUGGAGCGAAGUGUCAGGCAAGGAAUGGCGAAAGUACCUGCUGGCCUGGUGCUUAAUGGUGUUUGUCGCCGUGGCGAGCCAGGUGCUCCAGGCAUGGAGCGUGGAGUCGGACAGUGGCAACGACCCGGUGGCGAAGGCGCUGCAGCAUGUCAUCGAAGCACUGUCCGUCUUCAGCUUCGCCGUCUCCAGCGCCAUCGUGAUGCUGGCUGCCUAUCUCCAGUCCCAUCUCCUGCUGGGCUUGGACAAAAGCUUGGACUGCUGGUGCUGCCAAGUCGUGAAUUCGAUGGAGUUUGCCCCAGCAGUUCAGAGCUGGAAUGCUAUGCAGGCGCUGCUGAAGUGCAUUAGCCGCGAGCUUGCGUCGACCUUCCUUUCCCUGCAGAUCCUGUCCUCCCUGGGCUUUGUGUACUUCCUGGCCGCGGCUGUCACGUGGAUCUUCCGCGAGGAGCCUGAGAUCCUCCACACAGUGGUGGAGGGCCUCGCAUCCCUUCCACUGGUUUGGCUUUUCCUCCUGGGCAUGCGCGUCUGCAUGCAUGGGGCCGACCUCACCGAGAAAUGUCGGGCCAUCCCAGCCUUCGUGAACCAGAUUCCCACAAACCUGGAUGUCGACCUGGACCGGCAGUAUCUUGUCAGAUUCAUCACAGACAGCUCUGCUGGAUUCGCCGUCAACGAUGUCAAGUUAACCCAGGAGCUGUUCAUGAAGCAGAUGAUUGUCUUUGCCGGUUUGCUGUCGGGCCUAGUCAGCAUCUUUUCUAGACUCUAUUUUUAA